AUGGCAUCUUCAAGUCAAGAAAACAAUAACAAACUUCUCAGUCGAGUUUGCGAAUUGUUCAAGUCCUUGCAAAAGAAGUUCUGCACUAAGGUGUUUAACAUUGUAGAGAAAGCACAGGAAGUCGCCAAAGGUGAUCCAAGAAGGAUAAUUCAUUCCUUAAAAGUAGGACUAGCUCUCACCUUUGUUUCAUUGUUCUACUACUUUCAACCUCUCUAUGAUGGCUUAGGUGUUAAUGCAAUGUGGGCUGUUCUUACUGUCGUGGUUGUCUUCGAAUUUUCAGUUGGAGCAACACUUGGAAAAGGUGUAAAUAGGAUGUUAGCAACAUUGACAGGUGGUUUUCUAGCAGUUGGAGCUCAUCGCACGGCUACUCUUUCUGGAAGGACAGGAGAGCCCAUAUUCAUAGCAAUAUUUGUCUUUAUAAUAGCUUCAACUGUGACUUUCAUGAGAUUCUUUCCUACCUUAAAGGCGAGGUGCGAUUAUGGAUUGAGUAUCUUCAUCCUAACCUUCUCUUUGAUAUCUGUGUCUGGCUACCGAGAUAAUGAAGUGUUACACAUGGCCCAUCAAAGGCUAUCAACCAUAAUCAUUGGCAGUUGCACUGCCAUUAUCGUGUGUAUCAGUAUUUGCCCAGUUUGGGUUGGAGAGGAACUUCACAACCUUGUCUGUGACAACAUCGAAAAGCUCGGUAAAUUUUUAGAAGCGUUUGAAGGUGAAUACUUUGAAGAGUUUGAAUGUGGGAAGUCUGACUAUGAUAAAUCAUUCCUUCAUGGAUAUAGAAGCGUUCUCGAUUCAAAAAAUUGUGAAGAAACCAUGGCUCAAUUAGCAAGAUGGGAACCAAGUCAUGGUGGGUUCAAGUUUGGUCACCCUUGGAAACAAUACUUGAAAAUUGGCACUCUAACUCGACAAUGUGCCUACAAAAUCGAAACUCUUCAGUGUCAACUUAAGCACUCUAAAAUCCAAGCCUCUUUAGAAUUGCAGAAAAAAAUUCAAGAGGCAUGCAUAAAGAUCAGCACAGAAUCAGGCAAAUCUUUGAAGGAGUUAGCAUUAGCAACAAAAACUAUGACUCAAUCAAAGUCAUCCAAUACCAAUAUUGCCAAUCUAAGAAAGGCUGUCGAGAACCUAAAAACUCUACUCACAAUUAACCAUUGGGAAGAAGUUAAUCUCUUAGAGAUAAUACCAUUGGCUGCAAUUGCUUCAAUUUUAAUGGAAGUGGUUCAAUUAAUUGAGAACAUUUCAGAAGUUGUCCAUGAAUUAGCUUCCAUGGCACAUUUCAAGUGUGAAGAUGCAAAGGUAUCACCAAAACAACCGUGUUCGUCUAAAGAAGGCACGAUUCAAUCAAUUGCCACAAUGACCAUAGAAAAACAUGAAGAUAUAACAUUUGUGGAAUAAUUAAAAUUUUCUUGAUAAAGUAUACUUUUUCGUUUGUUUAAAUUAAGAACA